CCUUUGCUUUCGACGACGUUCAAUGGCUCCUCGAAAGACUAAUGACGAACAACAUGAAGAAUUUCGUCAAACUUUGAUGAAUUUCACCCAGGGACUGCAAGAAGCACUACAAAUCGCUGUGGAGAAUGCGUUAACAACGGUGUUACAAACCCAGCAAGGUAACAGACGGGAACGACGCGUUGAGUUUGACGAAGAAGAUGAUGAGGAAGUAGUUGACAAUCUGUUUGCAAUUCCAAUCCGUCAAGCACGUGACCAGCAGCUCCGUCUACGCGACAACAACAUCAACAAUAACAACACUCCUCGUUGGGAAUCAGGAUUCAGAUUGGAAAUUCCAGAGUUUGCAGGUGGCAUUAAAGCUGAAGAGUUUCUUGACUGGCUUAAUGUGGUGGAAGAAGUUUUGGAUUUUAAGAAAGUUCCUGAUGAGUUUCGUGUCUCACUUGUGGCUACGAGAUUUAAAGGUAGAGCUAUGGCAUGGUGGACUCAACUUAAAGAAUCUCGUCGACGUUCAGGUAAAGCUAAAAUUGAAUCGUGGGAGAAAUUGAAGAAGUAUAUGCGUCGGGGUUUUCUACCCUACAAUUAUGAGAGGACCUUGUAUACUAAGCUUCAAAACUUGCGACAAGGUUCACGUAUUGUGGAUGAAUAUGCUUCAGAUUUCUUUGAGAUGGCGGCACGUACCACGCUUACAGAAACAGACGAACAACUUGUUUCUCGCUUUAUUGGUGGCCUCCGUUCUCAACUACAAAUUCCUUUGCAGCAAUUCAACCCAACAUCUGUCUCGGAAGCACACCAACGGGCCCUCGGGAUGGAGCUUCAAUACAAGAACAGCUGGAACACUUCAUCAUCACGCACUCGCUACACCACACAGCUAACAAAUGAGUCUGGUUCGUCUCAAGUUCCUGAUACAACGGCUCCGCGUAAUAUUCCAACAAGACAAGGAGCUCCACCAGAUUCAAUUUCAGCUUCUAGACCACAGCGAACAGGAGCUCUGCGUUAUUUUAGUUAUGGCGAAAACGGACAUAGACAAACUGCUUGUCCUAAUCAAACCCGCAGAGGUUUAUUGACUCAAGAGGUGGAUUUUGAAGAUGAACCUCGCUUUGACGAUUACGGGUCUGAUCAGAAUGAGCCGGCCAUUGAUUUCAUUGAGGGAGAUACAGGUCAUUCAUCGUCAAUCCUUGUUUUGCGGCGAAGCUGUUUUACUCCUCGCGCUCCAACAGAGUCAUGGCUUUGUACUUCUCUGUUUCGCACCACUUGCACUAUUAAUGGGAAAAUCUGUAAGCUAAUCAUAGAUUCAGGUAGCUGUACAAACGCUGUUUCAGACGAUGCUAUUCGUCGAUUGGGAAUCAAGACGACCGCUCAUCCAUCUCCGUAUCCAUUGGCUUGGCUCAAUGCAAAAACAGAAGUUCGUGUUGUCAAGCAAGCUUUAAUUUCGUUCUCCAUAGGAACAUAUACAGAGGAAGUGUGUUGUGAUAUUGUCCCUAUGGACGCAUGUCACAUUAUUUUAGGGCGACCGUGGCAGUUUGAUCGUGAUACAACACAUAGAGGUAAGGCUAAUACCUAUAGUUUUCUGUUUGGAGAUCGUACUAUUACACUUGUUCCGACUAAAGAACAGACUGAGGCGUCUCUUCCUUCUCCAACUACUACAUCAGUAUUGUCAAAACCCGCUGCUCCGAAAUCUUUGUUAAUUCUCCCUAAGGCAGCCUUUGAAAGUCAAUUAACCGAUUCUGAUGCAUUAUGGGCAUUAGUGUCACUACCUGCAACAGUGUCUUCCCAUUCGACGGUUCCACCUGCUUUCACUAGUUUGCUAUCUCGUUUUGGUGAUGUGUUUCCGGAUGAUUUACCCACAGGAUUACCACCACUUCGCGACAUCCAACAUCAUAUUGAUCUAGUGCCUAAUGCAAUGUUACCUAAUCGUCCUCACUACCGCAUGAGUCCCCAAGAACACGAUGAGUUGCGACGUCAAGUUGAAGAUCUUCUUAUCAAAGGUCACGUUCGGGAAAGUUUGAGUCCUACAGCGGUACCGGCGUUACUUAUCCCUAAAAAGGAUGGUUCAUGGAGAAUGUGCGUUGAUAGUCGUGCGAUAAAUAAGAUUACGGUUCGUUAUCGUUUUCCUAUUCCUCGCCUUGAUGACCUUUUGGAUCAAAUUGGACGUGCAUCUAUAUUCACUAAGUUGGAUCUUAAGAGUGGUUACCACCAAAUCCGUAACCGUCCCGGAGACGAAUGGAAAACAACUUUUAAGACAAGAGAGGGUCUCUUUGAAUGGAUGGUUAUGCCUUUUGGUCUCUCCAACGCGCCAAGUACAUUCAUGCGUGUUAUGAACCAAGCAUUACGUCCUUUCAUUGGUAAGUUCGUCGUUGUGUAUUUUGACGAUAUACUCAUCUUUAGUGCAGACUUGGCGAGUCAUUUAGCACAUUUGGAGGAUGUCCUUAACGUUCUACGAAAGGAACAACUGUUUGCCGCUCGGCAUAAGUGUGUCUUUGGUUCCGAUCAAGUUCUCUUCCUUGGUUACAUUGUUUCCAGCCGAGGAUUACAGGUGGAUCCUAGUAAGGUGGAAGCUAUUAAAUCUUGGCCUGUUCCUAAAACAAUUAGUGAUGUUCGGAGUUUUCAUGGGCUUGCUUCGUUUUACUGUCGUUUUGUUCACCAUUUUAGCAACAUCACGGCUCCACUCACUGAUUGCAUGAAAGGUUCUUCGUUUGUGUGGACUCCUGAAGCUGAGGCAGCCUUUAAAGUGAUCAAACAGAAACUUACUUCAACAUAGAUCCUUGCUUUGCCCGACUUUUCUCUAGUUUUUGAGCUACAUUGUGACGCGUGCAAGUUGGGUAUUGGUGCCGUUUUGAGUCAGCAAGGACGUCCCGUGGCCUUUUAUAGUGAGAAGAUAGCGGGAUCGCGUGCUCGUUAUAGUACUUACGACGUAGAAUUUUAUGCUAUCAUACAAGCUAUAAAGCAUUGGCGUCAUUAUCUUUUUCAUCAAGAAUUUAUUCUUUACACGGAUCAUGAUGCGUUGAAGCAUUUGGGAAGUCAGGAUAAAAUUUCGGCGCGACAUGCAUCUUGGAUUGCCUACCU